AUGAGUGCGAUUUAUAAACUUUCGAUACAGGGUAUCAGAUCUUUCGAUUCGAAUGAUAGAGAGACUAUUGAGUUUGGGAAGCCACUGACGUUGAUUGUUGGUUCGAAUGGCUCUGGUAAAACUACAAUUAUCGAAUGUCUGAAGUACGCAACAAGUGGUGAUUUACCUCCCAAUAGUAAGGGUGGUGCAUUCGUUCAUGAUCCCAAGAUUACGGGUGAGAAGGACGUCAGAGCGCAGGUGAAACUUGCCUUCACAAGCGCCAAUGCAUUGAACAUGAUCGUGACACGUAAUAUUCAGUUACUGGUUAAAAAAACAGCAGCUACCUUCAAAACUCUCGAAGGUCAACUCGUGAUUGUCAACAGUAAUGGGGGUCGUAACACGUUGAGCACAAGAUCUAUUGAGUUGGAUACCCAAGUGCCCUUGUACAUGGGAGUUCCCAAGGCAAUCUUAGAAUAUGUCAUAUUUUGCCACCAAGAAGAUAGCUUAUGGCCAUUGAGUGAACCUUCUAACUUGAAGAAGAAAUUUGACGAAAUUUUUCAAGCCAUGAAGUUUACGAAAGCUCUGGACAAUCUGAAGGGCAUCAAAAAAGAUAUGUCUGUUGAUAUAAAACUGCUGAAGCAAUCUGUUGAGCACCUCAAAGUUGAUAAAGAUAGGUCAGAAACUGUGAAGCUGGAAAUGAGGCAAUUAGAGACAAAAGUAGAAAAAUAUAAGAGUGAAGUGAAAGAAAUUGAAAAAAGAAUACUUAUCGUGAACGAGCAAUCUGACAAAUUGUUUAAGUCUAAUCAAGAUUUUCAGAGGGUUCUGUCGAAGGCUGAAAACCUAAAGCAUAAUAGAGAAUCAAUGAGGGAUCAGAUAUCACGAUUGUCCAGUGCUAUAGAUAUCCUUGAUAUUCCACGAGCCGAGCUCCUGAGCCGUAUCAAAAACUUUUCCUUCACUUUAGAGGAGAAAGAAGUUAAUACAGAAGCUGUGAGAGCAGAUAUUACAUCUGCAAAAUCGAAAUCACUAGAAUUGCAUAACAAAUGUAACUUUCUAAUACGAAGACAAGGUGAGUUAACAGCCGCAAAAAAUACACAUGAGAAAAAUCUGAAAGCGCUAAAUGAAUUGCAUCAAUAUUUAUCCCUUAAAUAUCCUUCUUGUGGUAAAGACAAUACUAAUUUGAGAAUUUUUUUGUUAGACCUUGAAAAGAUUAAGAAUAGUCUCAAUGCAAAUUUUCAAAAAUUGAGUAAUGAGGGAAAAUUAGAAUUAAGUUAUUUGGAGAAGCAAUUAUCUGAACUGCGUCAUUCAAAGAUUAUCCAAAAGGAAAGACUUGAGUAUUCGAAGCAGGAUGAGGAAAAGUUGAUAAAGGAGGUCGAUAGAUUGGAUACAGAAUUGCAACUUUCUGGAUUUACAUUUGAAGAUUUGGAGAAGGAAAAAACUAGUCUGGAAAAAUUUCAACAGAAGCUGCACGAGUGGGAACGAAAGGAUGACAUUAGCAAGUUCAAUUCAGACAUUAAAAGUAAAAAUGAUCAAAUGCUUAUCUUGGAAUCCGAGGUGGAAGACAUUCAGAUAAAAAUUUCAAAAACUAAUCAGCGGGCUGAUUUAUUUGCAAAAUUAUCAGUAAUAAAGAGACUAAUGAAAGAGAAGGAAGAGGAGUUAAGUACAUUAAAAGAUAAAAUACUUGAUGACGAAAAUUGUAUAAAGUGGAAUAUUUCAGCUGAAUCAAAUGUGGAUGUGGAUUUUAAAAAGCUAUCUUCCAAAUUAACUCAGGAGACUUCUUUAAAAGAGAAAAAGUUUCGAGACAAAGACCGCGAGUUCACGGAAGCCUCUCUCAAUUACGGCAACAUUAAACAGGAAUUGAAGGACCUAGCGGAGAAAAGAAGUAAUGUAGGAAAAAUACUCGAACGAAAUUUACCAGAAGAUUGUCCAAUUGAGGAAUACGAAGAGGUUGUUGCAGAGACUGAACUCUCAUAUAGGACCGCAUUAGAGAAUCUGAAAAUGCACCAAACCACUUUAGCGUUUAAUCGAAGAGCUAUAGAGGUAGCGCAAGAGGAAAGUGUUUGUUAUCUUUGCUCCAGAAAGUUUGAGGAUAAGCCUUUCAAAAGUUCUCUUCUCAAGAAACUAGCUGCAAAGAUUGAUGUUGGUUUUGAGAAGGGGUUAAAGGAAACAGUUGAAAAUGAAAAGACCUAUCUCCAAACUUUAAGAAGUAUGGAGAAAAAUGUUGUUGAGCUUCGUAGCUGCAGUGAAAAAGUGAAAUCACUAGUAGCAUAUGAAGUUACAUCGCAAGAGAGAGUCAGAACACUUGAGAGUGAAAGAAACAGCCUCUCCAAUGAAUAUUUAAAUUUGAAACAUGAUCUAGAUUUUGUGGAAAAAGAUGUGCGUUCUCUUGUGGAUAGCGUAAUUCGCUGUAAGAAUGAGCUGAAGGAUCUAAAGAAUGAUGUGAAAACAUUGUCUGAUGAGUUGGCUUUGUACGGGGCAUUACGAGAGGAUAUUCAAACUGUUGACGAAUUGCAAGCUCAACAAAAAGAAAAAAAUGACCAUCUUAGAAUGUUAAGAAAAGAUAUCAAUCAACUACAGGAAAAGAAAGAGGAGAAGUCAAGAGAAUAUUCAAAAUUGCUUACUGUCGUGAAGGAACGUAAUCUCAAAGUCACUGAAAUUGAGAAAGAAUUGUCCAUGAAUAGGAAUAUAGAAAAUGAUAUUGAGCAGAAAAAAAAAGAAAUCGUGUAUAUGAAAAAGUCCACUGAAAAGGGAGAAAAGGAACUUGAAGCGCUGACUAUAAAACUAGUAGAGUGUGAAAAAAUAGAACACUUGAAAAGAAAAGAAUUGGAAUCGAAUAUGCUCUCCUUAAGCACAAAUUUGAAAGAAACUGAAGAAGACCUAGAAAAAUUCAGUGGGCUGAAACAAGCUCUUGAUGGAUAUGCCUCUACUGGACUAGAAAAGUUAGAAGAAUGUUCAAAUGAACUUGAUUCAUGUCAAAAAAGUUUUGAUCAGAUAAAUAAAUACAUCGAAAAGAGGAAUGCAGAGCUUUCCAAUGAAAUACAAAAGAUCAGAGACUCUACAAAUGAAAAACGAAGUCUAGAGCAAAAUUUGCAGCUCUGUGAUUUGAGAGCCAACCUGGAAAGGCUAGAAAUUGAUAUAAAUGAGAUUGAUAUAAGCAAUGCAGAGAAUGAGCGAGACAGGUAUCAAGAGGAGUCGCUUAAAUUAAGGAAUGAAUAUGAAGGAUUAAGCUCAGAUAAUGCUGGAAAAUUAGGAGAAAUAAGGCAGCUUCAGAAUCAAAUAGAAUCUCUUUCUAGACAACUACGCACAGAAUACGAGGAUGUCAAUAAUCACUAUCACAAAAAAUGGGUUGAACUGCAAACGAGAACGUUUGUUAAUGAUGAUAUAGAAACCUAUUCUAAAGCUUUAGACAGCGCGAUUAUGAAAUAUCACGGGCUUAAGAUGCAAGACAUUAAUAGAAUUGUCGAUGAAUUGUGGAAGCGCACUUACAGUGGAACUGAUGUUGACUCUAUUCAAAUUAAAUCAGAUGAAGUGAAAAGUGGUAUUAAAGGCAAAUCUUAUAAUUACCGCGUUGUAAUGUACAAGCAAGAUGCGGAGUUGGAUAUGAGGGGUAGGUGUUCUGCGGGGCAAAAAGUUUUGGCCUCUAUCAUAAUUAGAUUAGCGUUGUCGGAGACGUUUGGUGUCAAUUGCGGUGUUAUUGCGCUUGAUGAGCCCACAACGAAUCUUGAUGAGGAGAAUAUAGAAAGCCUUGCGAAAGCGUUGAAUAAUAUUAUUCAUAUCCGAAGGCACCAGAAGAACUUCCAAUUGAUUGUUAUUACUCAUGAUGAAAAGUUCCUGAACAAUAUGAACGCAUCAGAGUUCACGGAUCAUUUCUUUAGAGUGAAAAGAGAUGAUAGACAGAAAUCUCAGAUUGAGAGGGUGGAUAUCAGUAGGGUUACAGAGUGA